AUGAUUGUUCUUCUGGGUAAAACUGGAUCAGGAAAGAGUUCAACAGGAAACACCAUCCUGGGAAAAGAUGUGUUUGACAUUAGUCUCUCCUCUGAAUCUACAACUCAACAGUGUGAGAAACAUGAGGGACAUGUGGAAGGCUGGAACAUCUCAGUGAUUGACACACCUGGGCUGUUUCACACGUCCAUGACUGAAAAACAUGUGAAGGCUGAGAUUGAGAAGAGUUUGCAGAUGUCUGCUCCUGGUCCUCAUGUGUUUCUGCUGGUCAUCAGACUGGACAGAUUCACAGAGGAAGAACAAAACACAGUCAAAUGGAUUCUGAAGAACUUUGGGGAAGAUAUGAAGAGAUUCACCAUGGUGCUGUUCACUGGAGCUGAUAUGUUAACUAAACCAAUAGUGACAUUUCUGCAGGAAAGUCAAGAGCUGCAGAAGUUAGUGGAUGCAUGUGGGGGAAAAUAUCAUGUGUUUAACAAUGUGAAUAAGGAUGGAGCUCAAAUCACUGAAUGGCUAGAGAAAAUCAAGACAAUAAUGGAGAAAAAUAGAGGAGACUGCUACACCACUGAGAUGUUCAAGAAGACUCAGAGAAACAUAAAGGUUCUGGUGUGA